AUGCUGCGCCUCGCCGCGCUCGCCCUGGCCGUCGCGCGCACGUACUGCGCGCCCGACGCGGCCAAGGUCGCGGAGGUGGAGACGGCGAUCGCGGCAACGCGGAGUAAACUGUUGGCCAUCUACGGCGAGGGCGUCGAGGCCGCGCUGCUCCGCCAGGGCGUCGAGUUCCUCGACGACGAGCACGGCCGCGGCAAGGUCGUCGAGCGGCUGCUCCGCGCCUUCGCGCUCGGCGACAGCUUCGUCAUCGCCGUCGGCGGCAUGUCCGACGUCGCGGGCCACGGGAAUCUCUUCGAGGAGUCGUACCCGAACGUCUGCAACGACGUGCUGCGCGACGUGUUCGGGACGGCGGGCAUCAACUUCCACGUGCGGAACAUGGCCAUGGGCGGCGUGCCGUCGUUCCCGAACAGCGUGUGCAUGGAGGACAACUUCGGCCGGGACGCGGACGUCGUCGUCUGGGACUUUCGCAUGGUCGAGCGCGACGAGAUCAAGGGCGAGCUCUACGUGCGGCAGGCGUUGAUGCAGCCCCGCGCGCCCUUCGUGUGCUUCAAGCGCCACAACCCCUACCUGAAGAAGUUCCACUACGCGCACGCGGAGGGCGCCUUGCACGUGAUCGACGAGAUGAAGGCCUACAACCAGCUGAACAAGGCCAAGUCGCCGGGCGUCGCCAACGACAAGUUCUGCGAGGGCGCCUGCGAGUGCCCGGGCCAGGUGCGAUGGCACGCGGGCUGGAAGAUGCAGCGGUUCCGCGGCGUCCACAUGGCUUUGGCGUACCUCGACCUGUUCGAGACGGCCGUGGACCACUACAAGCAGCUGCUCGCCGCGGGGUCCGUGCCGCCGUCGGACCACGCGCGCUGGGCUUUGCAGCCCCGGGACCGCGAGGCCCUCCACGCGCCGCUGGUGAAGGAGUGCAAGGACCCGUUCUGCUCCGCGACGUUCAACUGCGCGAUGACGUGGCAGCCCAAGGUCGGCCGGUCCCUCGUGGACCUCGUGGACCCCCAGCUCGGGCUCAACGGCUGGAAGAUGCAGCACCCGUCGCCGCGCGUCGCCGACAUCACGAACCAGGGCCAGACGAAGUGCCACUACAAGGACGAGAAGCGGUCUUUGGUCGGCAACGCGAAGUCGCACUGGGUCUUCUUCAACGUGCCCAACGUCCAGGACGGCGGCCUGAUCGGCUUCUGCGGCGACUUCCAGUCCCAGAAGUUCGACGAGUACGCGCUCAUCGUCGUGAACCAGGAGGAGGUCAUGGACAAGCUGACGAUCUGGCUCGAGUCGAAGACGUUGGGAAUCGCGUCCGCGUGCUUCUCGACGACGCACAACGUCGUCGAGGGCGACAACGUCAUCGGCUUCCGCGUCACAUCGUCCCAUUCCGUGAGCUCCAUCACGAACGGCGGCGGUGUGACGGCCCUCGCCGUCUUCGUCGGCGGGCUGCUCUGCGGCCUCGUGCUGCGCUCCAACGACGACGACGGCGCGCCCCGGCGGCGGCGCCUCGUCGGCGGCGAACGCUCCGACGAGCUCCAGACCAUAAACACCCGGCUCGACGCCCUGACCCUGGGGCUCGAGGCGCUGCUCGAGGCCGGCGCGCGGCGGCCCCUCGUCGACGGCGCCGGCGCCCUCGCCGGGCGCGCGUCGCUGGCCGCGCUCAUGGACGCCUACGUCGGCGAGCACGACGGCGAGCGGAGCCUCGUCCUCGAGGACAGCGGCGCGAUCGCGAGCCGCCCCACGGCCGCGAGCGACGACCAGCUCUUCCGCUUCCACGCGGCCCACGGCUACACGCUCGCCCGGGGGCUCGUGCCGCCGGAGAAGGUCGCGGCGAUGAACGCGGCCGUCGAGGCCGCGCGCGCCGCGCGGCGGCCGCUCAAGCGGAUCAACGAGAAGCGGGAGGCGAACGCGGACGACAACGUGUACUACUCGCCCAUCAAGGACCUCCACGCCUUCCAAGGGUCGCGGGAAGAGGCGGGUCUCGCGGCCGCGGCGCGCGACGUCCUGCUCGGCGACGAGGUCGCGACGUUGCUGGAAAAGAUCACGGGCCACGCGUCCCAGCUCCUCUACCGCAGCGCCUACUUCGAAUACUCGCGGACGACGGCGCACCAGGACUACUACUACUUCGACAGCGUGCCGAGCGGCGAGCUGCGGGGCGUCUGGGUCGCGCUCGAGGACACGGCGCCCGGCGGCGACCGCUUCUUCCUCGUCCCGGGCCUCUUCAACGUCACCGACGCCUUCCCGACGCGCUCCCUCGAGCUCAACGCCGUCAACGCCUACCUCGACGCCAAGGUCGCGGGGCCCUGGGCGGGCGCGGUCUUCGCCCCGGACCUCAAGGCCGGCGACGCGCUCGUCUGGAACUCGUGGCUCGUCCACGGCUCCCUCGCGGGCGACGUACGCACGACGCGCAAAUCCCUCAUCGGCCACUUCACGCCGGCGCACCUCGACAUCCGCUCCUUCGUGGACCCGGCCAUGACCAUGGCGUCCCUGCCCAAGGGCGACGACCGCGGCCGCGCCUACUACGACACGGAGGCCGCGGGCCGCGGGCCCCACUUCGACCAGCCCGUCGUCCACACGCGCCACCACCGCGGCGCGGCCGGCGGGGGGCGGCCGGAGGCCGCGGUGCGCUAA